AUGAUAGCCAAUUUGCAGGAGACCGUUUCACAGUUGGUUUAUCUCAAACGCGAUGUGAAAAAGUUAAAAGAUCAAAUAGUUUCUAAAGAUUCUGUCAUCACUGCUAUGGAGAAGGAAAAUGAGAACACAGCAAGAAAACAUAAGGACUCUUUAACAGAUUUACAACUCGCGCAUGAAACGCAAAUAAAUGCAAUGAUUAGCGAUUGCGAUAAGAAGGUUCAACAGAUCCAAAUAGAAGCAGAAACUCAAAUAGCCCAAAUAACAUUUGUCGCCGAAGAAGAAAGAACCAAGACCAAAGAAAUGGAAUCGAACCACAAAGAUAAGAUGAACGAAGUGGUACUCCAGUACGAAGAGAAGAUACAGCGCCAGGCGGCGUCGGUGUCUCAACUGCAGGAAGAACUCGCGAGGCAAGCCGCUCGAAGCGAUGCAAAUAUUGAGGCUUAUCGCAGGAAAUUGGAGAACCUCGAAGAGAAGCUUAAGCAAAGUCAGUUUAAGGAGUACCUGGCGCAUAGCACGCGCUCCACACAAUUGUACGAAAGUAGAGGUGAACGGCCUUAUUCCGUCGAGAGAGACUCUCGUGAAAUCUAUUCGCAUCACAGCGAUACGAUGCACGACAGCCCUAAGCGGCGGCUCGCUGCACAGAGGCAGGGCCAGUCCCAAAAGCAAGGCACGCUCCAAGUGAUGUACCACGACGGAAAGCCGAAGAGCGCCGAGAAAAAGGGCCAAUUCAACAUAAGCAAGAAGAGGAAGUUGUACAAUGCUAAUGAAUUUUUGAACCGAAGCGAGUUUUAA